AUGACCUUCGAGGUCUUCGAUGAUCUCCGCCUUUGGGGCGAUACUUUACAGGACAAUCUUGUUUCUCCCAGGUCCAGCCGUCUACAUUUCAAUGUUUCCUUACCUGCGGCUUUUUCAAAAGCUUUGGAAGCUUCGGCACUUAAUGUUCGGGAGUCUACAGAAUCUGGACAGGUCCGUUCCCUCGCCUCAAUGUCCACUACCGCCUCGUCUAGCUACCAUAAUUAUAUUUCCGGUCUUCUUUCGCGCGUAAUGCACCACAAUCAUCACCACGGUUUGAAAAGCAACAGUUUUCUUCACGUCACUAUGGAUCGACUACUCUUUGUCACAAUUUCUCAGGGUCGCAAACCCGCUCUUAUUGCCUCUUGGAGCUUCACUAAGGGUGAGAUCAGUGUUUACGGCACUGGUCGUGUUUCUGUUACCUCUGGAGAUUUGGGAAACAAGGUUUUUUACCUAAUGGAGACGGCGGGUCGCUAUAUCUUUACCUGCGACAAGGCGACCGAAUUGAGCGCUUGGAUUCAGCGUGUCACACGACCCGCCUCCUAUUUGUACGAGCGCCGCUGGCUGUCUUCCGUAGCUUCUCAGCUGGGUGAGAACCAGGCGCUACUUCUCAUGCCCUUCGAUAAAGCUCUUGAGCAAAAGGUUUUCGACGCCCAUCUGAGGGAUACCUCUAAGCACACCUACUGGGUUGAAGGCGUUGGGGGAUACGUAGCUGCCAAACCAGAUUGGGAAAUCCGGUCGGCUGGGCGGCCGCUUUGUACCACAAACACACAUGUCCGUCCAACAGCGCGUCUGCGAAGCAUGGGCGACCGCGCAACUUCUCGUUUGCUAGCCAAGUUGCGAGCUCCUUUCUUGGUCUACCGUUUGGUCCCGUCUUGCAUUCAGAUCACACGUGCUGGUUCCCGGACGCGUUCCAUUCACCUCGCCCUCUACCUUCUCUGUGAUUGUGUGCUCACGGAUUCCGGCCGCACUCGCAUACGCUUCCUGAGUCAUCCCAUCGGCCGGCCAGUCCUGUCAACAGGACAACCUCAUAGGGACCAACAGCAAAAUAGCUACGUACUUCGUCGUAGUUAUUCUAAUGUGUCUACAGACCAAGGUAACCACAAUUAUCAUCGCCGUUGCUUGGCGGAAAGCUCCAUCUUCCGAGCCUACACGAACAAGAGCGAUGGAAACGACUGCCAGAUUCCUACUAUGGUCGCUCUGUCUCCUUUGCCAUUGGACUAUCUCCCCAAAUCCACAACCGAUGAGUCAGGGACUAGAGUGGAUGUUGAGGCAAGGGUUGAGGAAUACAGUGCUGCCAUCACCACUACUACCGUCAGCGAUAAUGGAGGCAGUGCCACCUCAGCGUCCCCAGCGCCGUUAUCGUCGCCUUCCUCAAACUCCACAUCAGCGGCACCUCAUCGACCCACGCGCUCGCGACUGGCAAGUAGCUGGACCACCUCCCUUAGCCAUCCCCCCUGUCUACUCUCCGCCCCAUUCUCAUCUCAAGGUGUUCGAGCGACAGCGUCCUGCGUCCGUGCUGCUUCAGAGUGUAGUGGUGGUGGUGGUGGUGUUGGCCGAGGGCAGCAAUGGCAGCGGGAAUUGCACCAUUCAUUGCUAGUGGGUGUUACGUGUAGCGUUCCAUGGGAUGCUGCAGCGACGGAGAAAAAACCGCGCACCGGUAGGCUCUACUCAUCUCGUGACGAGAUUCGAGAGGCCGCUCUUAAGGCCGGUACCACUCUUCCCCUCUCCUCACUCCCUUCUGCUAGAACCUCGUGUUCUGGCUCAUUCUCUGAGAGGGAUGAUGACGAUGACAUUGGUAACAUGGCUGCCUCUGGAGGCCAUGAGCAGACCUCCUUCACAUCUGCAGACGCAUCGUCAGAGUGUCUGAGCCACAGUUCACCACCACUGGCUUCCUCUCCUCCGGCCCCUCCACCAUCUCGAUAUUACGCCAACCUGGGUCCCAUUUCACUGCCGUCGGUUGAUGAUUGCUCUUCUGUGCAUCGAUUGAUGGCGAGGGGAACGACCGUAGCCUCCGUCAUCGAAGAUACAUCCUCUGCCACUGAUUCCGUUAUUGCUACUUCAUCAGCGUUUCAGUCGGUGUCUCGCUCAGCCAACUAUCUUAGCUACACGCCUUACGUGCCCCUCUCUUGCCAAGGCUUGAGCGGCUAUGGUCGUAGUGGCGGUCGCAUUCGCACUCUCAGCAGUGGUCAACCUUCCGUAAGGCGAAAUCCCAUGCUGCCCACGCGUCAACCAAUCAACGGCAGAACUCUGCGGCCCUCUCGCCUUCCCGCGCAGACACUCGGCAGCCUUCCUCAGACCCCGCCCGGUACAAGGCUGACUUCACACCCCACCGACGUGUCUGAUGCCGCCAAGUUGACUAGUUUACGAUCGCAGAGGUGA